CCUGAGCAACUAAUUCAUUGUCUCAGAUAUUUCCGGAAUUAUUUUGCUUAUCGAAAUCUUUAACUCCUCCCCAAGUCUUUCCUCUUUCAAUUUCUGACGGCAUCAUCCAAAAUCCCCAAAAUCUCUCUCUAGGGUUUUCACGAGUAAUAUCCCUAUCCCGAAUAAAAGCCCCUAGUUUAUGUUCAAUUUGAGCUCCUAGGGUUUCAGCUUUGCCAGAAUGUACAUAUUUGGCGUUUGAUUCCCGCAAAUUUUUGGGUUUUACGGGUUUCGAUUGAGGGCUUUUGUCUUUAUUUGGUCGAAUUCGUGUUUAGCUUUGGAGGAAGUUUGGGUUUUAUCUGAGUGAAGUUUGAAUUUUUUUUCAAGGGCUUUUUGAGAUUUUAUUGGAUUGCAGGAGCUUGGGGAUUUAGGGUUUUUGUUGUGUUGGAGUUGAAUUGAUGGCUUCGGUGGGUGAGGAAGAUGUGGACUAUGAGAGUGAUCCAGAGGAAGCAAAGCGAUCUCUGGCGAUGCGGAGGAGAGCAGCGGCGAGCGAUGAUGAGGAAGGUGAAGGAGAGGUGAGAGAGAAGCCGGGGGAGGAUCCGAGGGCUGGGAUUCACUCCGAUGAAUCAGACGACCAGGGUGGGGCUGCUGAGUACGAUGAUGAGGAAGAAGAAUUAGGCCUAGAAGAGGAAGAAGAGAUUGAUGAAGAAGAAGAGGGUGAAGAUGAAGUUUUGGAACGGGAGGACUUGGAAGGCGAUCAGGAGAGAGGCCGUGAAGGUGAGACGGGUGGAAGGAUUGAGGUUUUGGCAGUGAAGGAAUCGGACGGUGAUGGGCGGAGGUCUGUGGAAGAGUCCAUCGAUGAGAAUGCAGAAACUCAAGCGGCAGAAGAGGAGGAGAAGAAGGAGAACGAGCCAUUUGCAGUGCCCACAGCUGGGGCUUUUUAUAUGCAUGAUGACCGCUUCAGGGACAAUGCUGUUGGUCGGCACAGACGAACACAUGGUGGAAGGAAGUUGUGGGAGUCCAAAGAUGAAAGGAAAUGGGGGCAUGAUAAGUUUGAGGAGAUAACUUUGCAUGAAAGGCACAACGAAGAGGGAAAGAAACCUUCUAAGGGUCCUCAUGUAGGUCGUGGAAGAAACCUAGGUGUUGAUCGUGGGUUUACCAGAGGCAACAGGUCUAAAGAAUUUGACAAUAAUAAUCAGAGACAGGUACCCAAGGGUGUGAGAGGGAGAGGGCCCAGAAGGUAUGUACCUACUUUCAGGAAGAACAGACAGACACCCCCAACACAAAGCAAACAAUCUGGAAAGCCUGUUGAGAAAAACAUGCAAACAAAUUCAGAACGAACAUUUACUUCCACAUCAAAUGCAGAAUCUGCCCCGGUUCCUGCUAGGAAAAAUGUCUUUGCAUCAAGCUUGAAUUACUUUUCUCCUCCUUUUUACCCAUCAGGCUCUUCCAGUUCCAAUAAAGACAUCACUCUGACCCAAAAACGGGAUGUACAGGCUGGGAGUGGUAAGAGGAAUGUUCGGUCAUCUGUAGUGCAGGACAGUUUCCAUGUUCCGCAAACCAAUCCGCUGCUGCGAGGGAAGAAUAUAGCUGAAUCUGUUGGUGUGGACAAGCUUUAUAUUGAUGACUCCGUCAAUCCAUCUGGGAAGACGUUGACCAACUUACAAAUGCCAUCUUCUGGGUCAUCAUUUGCCAAUACUACUCAAGCUCCUCAGUCCAGGGUUCAAGGAAGGAGUGUUAUUCCAGGACAGAUGAGCUAUCAACCUGCCGUGUCUCAAAAUCAAAUGACAAGAGCUUCUCAGUCAACAACGCAUCACCAUGCAGUUCAUCGCAAUCCCGUUCAAAGUCGAUCUCAAUUGGCUGUACAAGCAUCUGCUCAGCAGUUGGGACAGCGUCCUGGAAGUGGAUCUGGAACUUCCUCUCCGCCCAAAACAACUAUGUCACCAAACUCCUUUGAAUCUGGAGAAGUUGAAUCACCUUCAGAUUCAAGUAAAUCUAAAGGUGCCCUGAUUGCAAAGGGAAAAGGCAGUGUUCAAGGUAGUGGAAGGGGCACUCUUACUUAUGGUGGAGCUCAGGUUAUGGGAUCCACUCAUGGAGAUCAGAAUUUUCCUGCAACUCCAGCCUUUUUGCCUGUUAUGCAAUUUGGGGGCCAGCAUCCUGGGGGUAUGGGAGUUCCUGCUGUUGGCAUGGCAUUCCCUGGAUACGUUGCUCAGCCACAACUUGGUUUAGGAAAUCCUGAAAUGACAUGGUUGCCUGUGUUGGCGGGUGCUGCGGGAGCAUUGGGGGCAACAUAUUGUCCACCCUAUAUCUCUGUUGAUGGUUCUUAUCAUUCUCGCCCAUCGGGACAAACGUCUUCUGUGGGUUCCUUAAGCAAAGAGAAUAACGCAACUAAAACCAAUAACGAAUGGAAGCCUUCACAAAAGCCUGAAAUUGUGGGCGAUGAGUAUGGGCAGCGACAAAAUAAGCCUCGUAGGUAUUCACAGAUGAACGUGGCCAGUGAAGUACUUCAAAAUAAUACUGAGCUUGUUUGAAUAAGUUGAUAAAGGCCUUCGACUAAGCCCUUUGUGAUCUUCAGCCUAUGUUAUGGAGCACUUUGGGCCGAUGUGUUCAAAGAUAUUUUAGUUAUGAAUGACAAACACCUGCUCAUGCUGCUCUCACUUUAAGAUCAAUAUUGUGGCUUGACGGGUGGCAGUUCCUUGUUUAAAUGUUCGGUUUUCUUGUGGUUUGCUUCUUCAUUGAAAAGCUUGUGAGAAACGUAGACGGGCUUCCUCAUAAACUACUAGAUAAAGAAAAUUGAAAAAAAAAAAAGUACAAGACUUAUCGUGCAGCGGCAGUGUUUCUCGGUGGGGUUUUUAGAAGUGUUCUUUUAUUUCUAUACAUGGGAUUUUUUAUAUUUACAUUGUUAAGUUGACCUUGGUAGUUUUUCCUGGCUUUGAGGGGUACUUUCCUCUUGUAUUGGGCUUUCCUUUGUUUAGUUGAGGAAUUGCUACCUGCAUGAAUAUUGAAAGCUAGAGUUUUCUCUUGAUCAUUGAACUACCAAUGCUGUAUUCAGUGUUGCUAUGAUGGGUGAAUUAAUCAUAUGUUUAAUUAAUCAGUUUUCUUUGUA